UUUCGGUAUAUACUUUUGUAUAGUGGAACGAGAUUUAUGAGACGAGUAUCUUCGUAAACAAACGAGCAACGCUUUUCCAAUACUUUAAAUUAUUUUAGAAAGAGGUAUUCAUGGGAAUUUUGGUAAAUUUAAUUAAAAAGCUCUGAAGGUACUUCAUAGAAUCUUAUGUCAACUGUGAAAUUGCGGAAAGGGAAAAUCGAAAAUGAGUGUAAUAACUAGGCUUCAAUCUAGCCUGGUACCCUUUAUUAGCAGACAUCUAUUGUUCUUUCAAAUUAUAUGUACACUAAUUGGCACCUUUUAUAUCUUCCUACUUCCAUCGGAGCAAUUCUCGAAAAACUUACGUGUGUCGGAAAACGCCUUACUUCCUGGACAAGUCAAUACAUACUUUGGAAAUGAAAAUACAAAGACAAUGAGGGCAGCUCUUUCGCUUGUUCGCGACUGGUCAAACAAAGAUGAAGCCAAAGAGUGGAACCCGAUAUUUCAUGAUCUAGAGACCAUAUUUACGACUAUGGGAAUGGCUGUUCAAAGACAAAAUUAUACAACUCGCCUUUUUGAAAAGCAUUAUGAGGGCUCAAACUUCUAUACGGUACUCCGGUCUCCUAGAGCGGAUGCAACUGAGUCUCUCUUAUUGUGCGUUCCUUGGAAGGAUUAUGACGGUCACUAUAAUGAAGCAGGGCUCGCUCUUGCUAUCAGUUUAAUGAAAUACUUUCAAGGUUGGUCUUUAUGGUCUAAAGAUAUUAUUCUUCUCGUUCCAGAUCAUCCAGUCUCGGGAACUUCUGCAUUUUUGUCUGCAUACCACGAUCAAACACCGUUCGCCUAUACCAUAGACAGUCUUCGAUUCAAAGCAGGUACUAUUCAGGCUGCACUAGCUAUGGAACUUCCAAGGAAAGGACACAAUAAUGAUGUGGCAGAAAUAUUGUAUCAAGCCACGAAUGGUCAAUUGCCAAAUUUGGACCUAUUUAAUGCUGUAGCAAAGAUUUUUAUGUCUAGCUUUAUGUACUCUCUUAAAUUACAGGGUAAUGUCUACGACCCGUAUACGUCUUCCGAUUACAGCAGUAAAUUGAAGGCGCUUUCUCGAAGUAUGGUAUCACAGGCGGUGUCAAACUUAACAAACGCUCAUUCCCUCUUUCCAAAAUACAAGAUUGAUGCUGUAACAGUACGAAUUGAUGCUGGAGAUCCAUUUACUUUUGAUAUGACUAGAUGUGGACAAGCUAUUGAAAGUAGCUUUCGAUCCCUCAAUAAUUUGUUAGAGCAUUUGCAUCAAUCUUACUUCUUCUAUUUUUUGCUAAAUCAAUUUACCUUUGUUAGCAUUGGUGAUUAUAUGCCGGCUGCGUUACUAAUCGCUGCGAGUUUGAUGAUUGGGGGAUACCGACAUUGGAUGUCUCAUCCUAAACAUUUGAAUCUGUGGAAGCCAUUUUGUUUGUGGCUGCUCAACAUGGGCACAUCGUUUAUUUUCAUGUGCACCAGUUUUCUCUCAAAAGAUGCACGAAAUUCAGUUGCCUUAGUAGUAGCCUACGCAGUUGCUUCUAUCGGUUUAUAUUGGUUAUUCCAACCCAGCCGUCGACAGGCGCAGUUGACGCUUGCUUAUUCACUAAUGUCAAAAUCUCUUCUUUUGACCACUGUGAGCACUUUGAAUUUCUCACUUGCUUAUUUCAUUGGACUUUGGCUUACUUUCAUACAGUUUAUUUCAUUUUCUUUUCCUCGAUUUUUAUUAUAUCCUGUUAUAAGUUGCGUUUUCCUUGCUCCCGUCCUUUUUCCACUUUUUAUCGAAAAAGUAUUUCAGUAUCCUUUUAAUUCUUGGUUUGAUUCAUGUGUCCUCUACAGUUCGUGGUUAAUGCCUUUUUCAUACACUGCAUUAUUAUUCUGUGAUGUACCGUGGGCCAUUCAAUACAUCUUAACUGAUAUCCGAAAAGCGAAACUUCAUGGAGUUUGAUGGAUUCGCUAUUACUUCUUGGAAGACUAAUUUAAUCAGUUGUAGUAGACGUGUUUGAUAAUUUUCACUUUCGAACGACUUGUUGAGCUUUUAGACUAGUUAUGUAUGCUGUCGAAUAAAAAAAAAAGGAAAACAAAA